GGACACCGCCGCGGGGACGGGGGGAGCUGCCGCCGCUGCGCUCCCCGGCCCGGCGCUGGGGGAGCGGGCGGCGCCCGCGGAGCUGGGCCAUGAGGUUUCCUUUGCCUGAUCUGUAAACAUGUCAACAGACCUGCUCUGGUGUGAGGAUUGUGGUAGAAGCCUUGUAGGAGAAUGCAAACUCCACGGACCACUCAUCAGGGCUAAAGAUAGGGUUAUUCCCAGCCGAGCCCGUCUCACCCUACCUCACUACCUCACUUUGCGAGUGUUGGAGCUGCGAGCUGGAAACCAGCAGAUCCUUGGUGUAUUUGCAAAGAAAGUAAUACAGAAGAGAACACAGUUUGGUCCUUAUGUUGGUCAACUGUCUACAAAACUGACCUGCUAUGAUGAGAGCAGGCUAGUCCUGCAGGUAUUGAAAGAUGGAGGGAAGUACUUUCUGGACACUCCCAAUGAAGACUGUGGAAACUGGAUGAUGUUUGUCCGGCUAGCCCGGAACCAAGAAGAACAGACCCUUGUGGCUUAUCAGCACUGUGGAGAAGUUUACUUCACAACAGUUAAGCCAAUUGAACCCCACACAGAACUGAAAGUAUGGUAUGCUGCCGAUUAUGCCAAGUUUAUGGAAGCUUCCGCAGUCUUCAUUAAAGAAGAAUCAGAUGUCUGUCCUUUACCUCCAGUAGCAAAAGAGCCUGUAGACCCUUGGAUAUGCUCCAGUUGUGGAAGCACUUUUGCAACUUUUGCUCUGCUGGAAUCUCACCAGUGCAUCCAUAAAGACCGAGUCCUUCCUACGAGGUUCAGACCACCAAAUAAAUUGGGACCUGUAAAAGCAAAAAGCAAACUCAAAGGGAAACUGAGAGGAGCGUCAUUAGGCAAAAGCAUUACUCAGUGCUUUGGGACCAUUUCCUGUUCCUCUGCUGCAAAGUUUAGCUGUGCCAGCUCAGGAAGCACUUGUGAUGCUCUCGUGAGGUUUAUACCUAAAUGGAGAAAUGGUCGGUCUUCACUGUUGAAGGGCAAAGAAGUGAAGCAGCCAGACAGUUACCCUUGCCGACUCUGUGGGAAGAUAUUUGAUUCCUUUGACAAGCUCACGGUCCACACUUACACGCACAAAGGGGAGCGCCCCUACAAGUGUUCACAGCACGGAUGCACAAAAGCCUUCAUUUCCAAAUAUAAACUGCUCAGGCACUCUGCUACUCAUUCUCCACAGAAAUCUCACCAAUGUGGCUACUGUGAAAAGACCUUUCACAGGAAAGACCAUCUAAAGAAUCACCUUCAGACUCAUGACCCUAACAAGAUGGCCUUCAAGUGUGAAGAGUGUGGCAAGAAGUACAACACCAAGCUAGGCUAUAAGAGACACUUGGCUCUUCACGCUGCCACCAGUGGGGACCUUACCUGUAGGGUAUGUGCCCAAGAGUUUGGCGGUACUGAGGUUCUGUUGGAACAUCUCAAAAGUCAUGCAGGGAAACCAGCUGGCAAUAUGAAGGAAAAGAAACAUAAAUGUGACCACUGUGAGCGUCACUUCUAUACCCGCAAAGAUGUGCGGCGUCACAUGGUGGUUCACACAGGCUGUAAAGACUUUCUGUGUCAGUUUUGUGCCCAAAGGUUUGGGCGGAAGGACCACUUGACACGCCAUACCAGGAAGACUCAUCCACAGGAACUGCUAAAGAGCAGGUUGCAGAACAGUGACUCAGUGGGUCUCCUUGACCAGCUUUUUUCAUACAGACUGAAGGAAGACGCCAGCAUGCUGUCCCCUCUUCCUGAAAGGGUCUCUGUGCAGAAUGGUAUUGUGAAUAGUUCAGAAUCAGAGGAAUACAACUGUUCACAUCUUCAUUCCCAGCCAAGCCUACAAACUGCUCUUCCUCUUGAACCUUCUCCUCACUUGCAAAGGAUGGGCUGUGCAGACAGCCUUCCAGCUGUCCAUCCCACACCAUGUUCAACAGCCGUCCCUACCAACCUGAACCUUCAUCAGCCUAAUAAAUAUGACCUUAGUUCUACCUCACUUGCAGCAGGAUCCCUCAAGAAUCUACCAAUAAAAGUGGAUGUUAAAGGUUACAAUGUACAUCUUCUCGAGGACCUGCCAUUACCAGAACCUCAGUCUCUUCACAAAAUCAGUAUGGAAGAAGCUUCCUCAGGGCCUGUAGGGGAUACUAACAAGUACCCAGUGCACAAAGAGACAGAGGCAGCAACUGAAACUACAAGUCUGCCUUUCAUGGAUCUCACUCAUGUGAUGAGUUUCUGGCAGCUCCCACCAGGGGACAACCAGAACACUAUUGGGGACUUCACAAUGGCAUUUGGCCCAGAGGAACCAUCACACAGGCUGAAUGGCCUUGGCCAACAGCAAGGUCUUCAGCUAGCAACUGGUGGGAUGGCCCUAAACCAGCUGCAUCAUUUUCCUCGCUCCUUUCCAUCCACUACAAAUUCUGUAACCUUGCCUCAUUUUCACCAUGCCUUCAAGUAACUAUCACCCUGUGUGGGUUUUUUUCCCUUUUUUUUUUUUUUUUUAAGACUGUGCUUCUUACUUAAAUCUGUUAGGAUGGGGUGGUUUUGGUUUUGUUUUGUUUUUAAGAAAAACUGCUCCAAAUGUUUUCAAAGCACAUUAUGAACAUGGUAGUUAAAUUCAGGAUGUUAAUAAAUAAGAAGCUCUAUUUUUCAUACUACUAUUAGUUUUUUUAGCAUAUGACAACAGUAGAACUAACAUAUUUCCCUCAGCUCCCUCUAUAUUUUUGUUGUUACCUUUCAUGCGAACAACUGAAUAAAUAUCUUCAACAAUAGAAAAGUGUCACAACAGGCACAAUAAAACUGUGGCUGCUGCAGUAGCAGAAAUAAGGUUAGGGUGAAUGGGAAGAAGGGGGAAAUCACAGAAAAAUCAUUUUAAUGAGCCAUAAAUCACAGCAAAUUUGUACACAUGGCAAAUGUAACAAACAGAUUAUCAACAUCACAUAGAUUUCUGUUAAGCACUUAAUUAAUGAAGUUUAUUAAUCUUUAAUUUAAAUCAGAAUCAUUCCAAGAGUAAAUCUUACCUCCUUGUUUCACUUUUUUCAAAUGAAGAUCAUCACUAUUAUGAUUACGUUUAACUAGAUUUUGUUUUCUGACAUGCAGUUCAGCUGUGUGCAUCUCAUGCCUUUUCCCUUGGGCUGGAGGUAACUAUCACUUCUAAACGACUAUGUAAGAACUGCUGUCUUGUAUAUGUGCAGUUUUCAGAAUGGAAAGUGAAUUGUCUCAAAGGUUAUAACAAAACUUUACUUUUCAUUUAGAGCCGGAUCUGCCAAGGUAUCAGGCACUGCUUUCUCUCUCUCUCUAGUAAAGCCCUUAAACAUUUGCUUAAACUUAAGCGUUUUCUCCCACAGGGUCAACAGCUUGAUUAAUUUAACAUUUAAUAAAAUAUAAUGCUUCCUACCUAAGAAGCCUUUAUUCACCUUUUGUUGAUAAAAAUGGCCUUUCUUUAGUCUGGAAAAUGAUUAUUAAUUGUAACCAUCUGAAAUGUGGGCUUUCAGAAAGCAAACCCUGGCCCAGGGGUGCCUGCGCCCAAGCAGGACCUCUCUGGGGCCAGGGGCAUGUCCACGCACAUAAGGGCUGUGGUGGUGAGCUGACACUGGGCCAGGGUCAAAAACAGGGUCAGAACCUGCCUCACAAGUGUCACCUGAAAUUAGCGGGUGUGAUAACAGUUCAGGCCAUUUUAAUCAUGGGAUUUUCCCUCAGUAGCACUGGGACAGCUACAGUUGGACUUCCAGCCUUUGUUUCUUCCAAACCAGAACCAUGGGGACUUCCGUUUUGUUUCCUGGGGUAAAUUGUCCAUGAAUAUUUCCAGUUGACAGUUUGUUGGUGUGACAGUCCUAGCACCUGAUGCAUGAACGAGCAGAAAUUGCAAAAACCACAUUUCCUGAUAGAUGACAUUAUUAAAAAAAAAAACAAACCAAAACCAACAAUCAGACUCUUCACAAUUCGGUUUCUUACCUAAACCAUAGUUAAAAAAAUAAUCCUGGCAUUAGUGGAUGAUGCAGUGAGUAAUGGAUUCUGUUGCUGCUAAAACAGACACAAAAUUUCUGAAUCUGGGUAAAUUCUCAAACCCCAAGAGCUACUCUCUCAUUAAAUCCAAAAAGAGUUCAUAGUACCUAAUGAUCAUUACAAAUGUAGCAUGAAACAUGCAUGUUCUCUUCUCCCUCAUUAAUCACAGGAAUAUUUUCAGACAGGUUCAAAUAAAAAGUAGUUUUUAAGUUAUUUCUGGUUUGGUGUUACUGAGCUACAAUGACAUUGUACAACUUCAGUGAUCUAAUAUUCUUAGAAGUUUGUUGGUAUUUGGAUUAAGGAAAGGUUGUAUUAUUACAGUUCAUGCAAGAAUAUGUUCUGCAGAUACAAUGCUGAGGGGUGUUUUUUGUUACGAAAAUUUUUGGCAUAAGGCAAACCAAAAGGAAUCUUAAGAUCAUUCUUGUAAUGACAACAGUAAGAGGAAGAGCAGGCGCUGCAUAGUCACACCCAGCUAAGAGUUAUUUAAAUUAUGAGUUCCUGAACAGAGAAAAAGUUGUAAUCAAUGUUACAUGCAUAUUCUACGGCUAGGCUCUUAUUUUCCUCUUAACUUGGAAAGGUGUGUUUAUAUUCACUUACUGCAUUGUUUUCCUUGUUUGUGUAAACUGUAUUCACUUGUCUUCAUCCAAACUUCUGUAUGUACCUGUAAAAAAAAAAAAAAACAACAACUAAACCACAACAAAAAAAACUACUCAAUUUUGUAGCGUUACCUGAUCAUAUACACAUUUUGUCAUUUUGAUUUAUGCUUUUGUAAGAGGUGUAAAUAUUUACUGAAGUCCUUGUCCUUGAAUUAAAAUGUGAUGUUAAGAAGGAAUCAUUAUGCAAACACUGAGCUAAAGUGGCACCCGCGUUCUUUCUGCUGUCUUUCAGCACUCUGUUAGCAGAGUGCCUGAGCUCUGAGCUGUCACAAGAGGUGCUGCUGCCUGAACUCAGCCUCUUCUGAAAUACAGAAUGAUAAGCAGCUGUCACCAAUGCAUAUCUAGCUAUGGGUUAAAGACCAAGUCUCAUUCAAAUAAAAUGAAAAUUACCA